AUGGGCGAAUACAUCAACAAUCGCAAUGCUUCUGACGAGCUAUGGAGGCACGAUGCUCCGGCUGACACGCCAAUGUGGCAGUUUAUUCAGCGGGUGAACAAGAAGUACGGGCUAAGCAUUGAUGGAUACCCCGGGCUGUAUCAAUGGUCUGUGGACUGUGUCUCUGCCUUUUGGGAAGAGGUCUGGGAUUUUGUUGGCAUUGUUGCUUCCAAGAAAGCCGACCAGGCUCUUCCUGAUGACGCGCCUAUGUACCCCCGGCCGGACUUUUUCUCGUCGGCCCGUCUCAACUUUGCCGAGAAUCUUCUCUUCUCCCCGGACACAUUGCAGAAGACAGAUGCUGUUGCCGUCAUCACUGCCACGGAGUUGCCAGGUGACAUGAAGCCAACGACAUGGAGCGAGCUGCGAGAAUCUGUACGGCAAUGUUCCCACGCUCUUCGCGGUGCUGGUUUGACGGCUGGAGAUGUUGUUGCUGGCUACGUUUCUAAUCACGUGGAGGCUCUCGUGGCCAUGCUGGCCGCUGCAUCUAUCGGCGCCAUCUGGACUGGUAUCAGCCCAGACAAUGGCGUCUCUGCCGUGCUAGACCGUCUUACUCAGAUUAAGCCAAAGGUAUUGUUCGCCGAUAAUGGCACCGUUUACAAUGGCAAGGAGUGGUCCAGCACACCCAAAACGAAGGACAUUGCUGGAGAGUUGAAGAAAGUUGGCCUCGAACUGGUGGUUGUCAUCAAUAACAUCAGCACUGGCCUUGGCCUUGAAAAUAUCAAGUCCCAAGACGUCAAGGUUGUCGACUACAAGUCUUUCCUGGGAGCUGCCCCAACAGACCCCAUCAAAUUUGAGCAGCUGCCGCCAUCGCAUCCUCUCUAUGUCCUGUACUCAAGUGGCACUACUGGUUUGCCCAAGGCCAUUGUUCACACUGCAUUGGGCACUCUGCUCCAGCACAAGAAGGAACACAUUUUACACUGCUCCAUGACUUCUGCUUCUCGCAUGUUGUACUAUACCACAACAUCGUGGAUGAUGUGGCACUGGAGUAUCGGCGCCCUAGCUGCUGGCACCACUUUAGUUCUUUACUCGGGAUCGCCUUUCCGACCAAACUCAUACAUGUCUCUUCCUAAGCUUCUCUCCGAGUUAAAGGUGACGCAUUUCGGAACAUCAGCUGCAUAUCUCACAGCCUUGGAGGCUAACAACAUUCGUCCUGUCGAAGACCCGAGCGUCGACCUGUCUUGCUUGGAGUCAAUCUACUCUACGGCUUCGCCUCUACCCCCGUCCACCUUCAAGUUUGUAUACGAGGCAUUCCCGAAAAAGGUCAACUUGGCCUCCAUCACCGGCGGUACGGACAUCAUUUCUCUCUUUGGUGCGCCUUGCCCUUUGCUGCCUGUGAGAGUUGGUCAGAUUCAAUGCGCCGGCCUUGGUAUGGACAUUAGAGUAGUAGACUCCGUCUCUGGCGAAGAUGUGCCCGCCGGGGAGCAAGGCGACUUGGUUUGUGUGAAACCAUUUCCCUGCCAGCCGUUGACCUUCUUUGGCGAAAACGGUCAGGCAAAGUACAGGGCCGCCUAUUUCGAACGGUUCGAAAACGUCUGCGGAGUCAAAGGCCCAGUAUGGCACCAUGGAGAUUUCGUCAAAAUUCCUGAUCCUGCCACCGGCAGCCUCGUCAUGCUUGGCCGAUCAGAUGGUGUUUUGAAACCGGCUGGUGUUCGAUUCGGAUCAGCAGAAAUCUACAAUAUCCUCACGCGAUUCUUCGCCGCAGAUGUUGAAGAAGCUGUGUGUAUCGGCCGCAGGAGGGAAACAGACAAGGAUGAGACGGUGUGUCUUUUCGUUGUCAUGGUUUCCGGUAAGACGUUUAGCAGUGAACUAGCUACCCAGAUCAAGGCCAAGAUUCGGUCUGAACUUAGCCCCCGGCACGUUCCGGCGGUUGUGGAAGAGUGUGGUGCUGGUAUUCCCAAGACUGGCAAUGGCAAGAAAAUCGAGGUCGCAGUGAAGCAAAUUCUCUCCGGCAUGAAUGUCAAGACCAAUGCGAGCGUAGCGAAUCCCGAGGCCCUGGAAUGGUUUUCAGAGUGGGCAAAGCAAAAUUAA